UGUACAGUAUCCUGACACACACACAGUGUGUGUGUGUGCGUGUGUGUGUGCGUAUGUGUGUGUGUGUGCCACCCAGAGAGACGGAGCGGUUGCCAAAGCGCUGAGUGCACAACAUACAGGAACUGCGACGCCAGAGAGAGAGAGAGAGAGAGAGGAGAGGGAGGAGAGGAAAAGAGGAGAGAGGAGAGGAGAGGAGAGGAGAGGGAGUUUGCAGCCUGAACUAAGUGCCGCUAUCAGCUGCUGAAGUCUGGAUAGACGAGCGUGUGUGUGGAGACUGAUAGAGGAGAGAGACAGAGGGUGGAGGAGGGGGCCGAGGCGGAGGACGGAGCUCCCCCUCGUCGUUGUCGUCGGUGACGGUGGUACAGAUGGGUGCGACUCUCCUCAGCUGAGCCCGGCCAACGAUCCAAGCGAGCAGCACCAGCACUGGAACACCUCCACACCCCCUAACCACCACCAGCACCAGCACCAGCAGUCUGGAUAACACACAUCCUGCGAAUGACACUUGGCGAUCUCUGGCACCAUGCUGCCUCGUAACAUGCGAACAGGUGGUUAUGACCUGCCGGGGGUGGAGUCAAGCCAGGUGCCUCUCAUUGGCUAUCGGCCCUUGCCGCCUGACGGUGGCGCUCCGAGCGUCCAAUCAGGGAGGGGGAGCGGCAGCGAUGAACUGGAAACUUCGCAGGCAGAGCCUUCACCAAUGAAGACCACCUGGUACUGUCCUCUGGAUCUGUCCACCGUGGUGGAGGAAGAGGAGGAUGGCGUGAUCUACACGGUGGUAGUCAAGCAGCAGCAUGGUGGCCCCAGUAGUCCGAUGUCACCGGUUUCUCGCUCCCAGUGUUUGAAAGCCGGGACAGAAGAGAAGCUGGUGCUCCACCUCCUGCACUCCUUUUCCCUGGGCGACUCCUCCUUUAUCACCAUCUUCCUCUCCACCUAUCGAUCCUUCACCUCCACGAAGAGAGUGCUGGACAUCCUCACUGACAGAUUGGAGAACCCGCCUGGAGACAACGAGAGGAGCCACAUGAGACAAUCUUUCAACAAAGCGGUGUGUACAGUGUUCAGCACGUGGCUCUCUGAGUAUCCUGAAGACUUUAGGAGUUUGGGGGAUCCCUCUCGCCUGCUGCGACUGGCUCCCCUCCUCCCGCAGGACUCCUCAUCUGCAGCCGACCUCCGCGCUCGCCUCCUGAGGAUAGCCGAGGAGCUCAGCGAGAAAGCCCUGCUUCCUGAUUCCCAUAAAGAUCAGACCGGUUUCACCAGCCCUCCUCCCGACGCCUCCAGGUUUGAACCCACCAGCGUCUUGGGAUUCCCUGCAGCGCUCAUCGCUGAGCAGCUCACCAAGAUAGAGACGGAGCUGUUUGUCCGCUUGGUCCCGUACCACUGCCUCGGUUCAUUGUGGUCCCAGAGGGAUAAGAAAGGGAGGGAAGGCGUUUGUUGGUCUGUUCGAGCCACCAUACGUCAGUUCAACAAGUUGGCUAAUGCAGUUCUAGCUUCCUGCCUUUGGCCUACAAAGCUACGCAGCCAGCAGAGAGCCCGGCUGCUGGAGAAGUGGAUCAGCGUGGCAGAGGAGUGUCGAGCCAGGAAGAACUUCUCCUCGCUGUAUGCCAUCGUGUCCGCCCUGCAGAGUAACCCCAUCCACCGGCUGAGGAAGACGUGGCAGGACACCGACAGGGAGGCAGUGAGGAGAUACGAGGAGCUGUCAGACAUAUUCUCAGACAAGGACAACUACUCACAGAGCAGAGAGCUCCUGAAGGAGGAGGGCACGUCCAAGUUCGCUAACCUUGACAACAGGCUCAACAACAAACAUAUUAAUAGGUCCAAUGCCCAGGGCACCGUGCCCUACCUGGGUAUCUUCCUCACAGACCUCACCAUGCUAGACACGGCGGUCAAAGACAGGCUGGAUAACGGCUACAUCAACUUUGACAAAAGGAGAAGGGAAUUUGAGGUUUUAGCUCAAAUCCGGCUCCUGCAGUCUUCCUGCAAAAACUGUGUUUUCACCACUGACGAGGCCUUCACACAGUGGUAUCAGAGCGUACCAACACUAACAGAGGAGGAAAGUUACGGACUUUCUAGUGAAAUCGAAGCGCCUGGUGAGCCGAGCCCCCGUGGCCUUACUCCAACAGUCAUCAUCACACAGUGCCCAGACCUGAGUACCUCCCGGAUCAGCCUGGCUGGCGACAGCGACAGCCUCUUCGACUUCCCCUCCCCCGUCAAUAAUCUGCUGUCAAAACUCACAAAGCAUAUGAAAUCUCCAUCUGUGUCCUGUCUGGAUGUUGACACGUCUCCUCCGACCAACGACUCCACCCCUGCCGCUUUGACUCCAUCCACUCCCACAAAAUCGCACCGCCGAUCAGCCUCCUGCGGCAACAACCCCCUCAAUAACAUCCAAGGGUCGGGGCCCGACAUGCGAAUCAUCAGGAUACGGAUGGAUCUGCAGGAUGGAAACCUGUACCGAAGCAUACUGGUUACGAGCAAUGACAAGACCCCCACUGUGAUCAGCUCUGCCUUAGAAAAGCACAAUCAAGACCCCAAACAGGCAUCCAGAUACGAGCUGAUCCAACUUCUGCCCGAAGGAAAAGAACUGAUCAUCCCAGCUACAGGAAACGUCUUCUACGCCAUGACAUCAUCUAGUGUUGACUUCCUGUUGAGAAGGAAAGGCGGGAACACUCCUUUGGGCUCACAGCCAAUUAGCACAGAGACGAGCGCCACUUUUCCUCGAAUCAAAGCCAAGGGCAGGAGACUAGUCAGGACUCUGUUUUGAAACCAACCCGGCUUUCGUUGGUCCACAGUGAUUUUUUUCUGACGUGAAGGCAGGUGGAGCUCUCACAGACAGUACAUGUGGCCUUCUCUGUGCAAAACAAAAAUCUACACAUGCCUUUUUUUCUUCUCAUGCUCCUGCAAAGCUCGUUCUACCAAAACACCAAGACCAAGUCCUCAUUGUGUUUUAAUCCACAACUCCAUAGCAGGUUCUGUCAAACAUUUCAGACCUCCGGCUGCUCUGCUUUGCUCACCAGAGCCGUCUGCAGUUUUCCUCUUUUCCAAACAGUAUGCAUUACUAAUUUACACCAAUGGAAGAGCAACAGAAACCUUUAACUGAGUACAUUUUGGUGCUGGCUCUCGGGUCCCAGUCAGGUAGCACUUGAUGCAUUUUUUUUUCAUUCCAACACGAUGAAUAAGAUCUGUUUUAAUCGCUUACAGCCACCAGGAAAAUCCUUUGUUGUGUACCUCAGUCGUUUUCAAAUGUAAAAAGAAGAUUUAAUCGGUCAGAACUUCUGUGAUUACCUGAGAUGCAAUGAUGAAGGAUUUAGUGUGUCUUUUUUUGUUUGUCUGUUUCGAGGAGAGAAGCAUAAUGAAAUUGAAAUAUAUACAGGACCUGUCAGGUCUGGUUCUGGUAAGAAGCACACAUGUGGAAGACCAAAAGACACAUUGCAAGCGCAUCGUUGUAGCAAAACACUGGAGACAUAUAUAUGUUUUGUAUGUAUUUAUAUAUUUUGUACGUCUGUAUGAUGUCAACAUUGUGUUUACACUGGCAAGGAGCUCUACAUAGAUCCAUGUGUCCAGUAAUUCAUUCAUCAAAGGAAUAAUGCAUCAAACACCUGCAGGAUUUCACUUUAAACAGGCCAACACGUGUCUGCACACAAGUGAGAGUUCAUUAUUUCAUCUUUGACUCAAGCAGAUGUUCAUUUAAACAUAAACUUAAAGCUGCAUUAAUCAAUAUUUUUAUAUUAACGGUGAAUUAAAUUACUAUUCGUGUUGUGAAAGGGCCUCUUUAAAUCUUAAAACAACGACCGCAGCUCGAUGGAGCUUUUUGACCUCCUUUUUUUUUAAGCUCAUUUGUUUGGGAGUCAGGGCCCCUGGAGAUUUACUUCAUGGUUUGUUCUCACAGCUGUUAUCAACCCUGUUUCCAGCAGCAGCUGUUUGAUAAACCCACUGUAUGCUGCCUGCCCAACAGGAACCAGCAAACACACUAAGUUUUGCAACUAGCUGGCGAAUAAAGUCGAAACAUUUAGCUGCUAAAGAGCCAGACAUUUUUCUCAGGAGUUGCUAGAGACCAAACUAGACCUAAAAAAAGAAAAAGAAAAAAGAGUGCUAUGCACUUAUUUAAUUAGAUGGACAGAAAAACAACUCCAGACAAAUACUUCUUCUUCCACUGGAUGCGUUUGUAGGCAGCUCUUUGCUCUUAUAGCUGUAACGACUUUAUAAGGCGGGGAAACUGUCACGCAGCUCGUUUUUUGGAGUUCUUCUGACCCCUAGUGGCCAAAAAAAAAA